GCGGACUGCGCGAACACCAAGCCAGCCGACAACGCUACACGACGUGAUUUCUAUCAAAAUUAAUGGGCCUCUUGGCUGAGCAUUGUUUGUUUUAUGUUUCAAAUCGUCUGUGAAUAUCCAGAGUAAACGGAAAUACUAUUACGAUAGCUGCUGAGGAUUCAUUGUUAGUGGAGGUAAUACGAAGGAGACAAAGCUUGCCGGAAAUAGCGCGCGUAAAGUAAGGAUGCCGUACGUUUUGGUAAAAAAGACGAAAAGCAAUUUGGGCAGGAAGGAGGUCGCGGUAGCACCCAGCUCUUGGAUUCACAAGGAUGGGAAAGGAACAACGUACGUUUCCUUGCCGGAUGUAGUGUGUCCCAAAAAGAUAAGAGCCCUACUGGAGAAGGAAAGCAACCCAACGAAGGAAUGGGAAAAGCAUGAGUGUGAGAUCUUGAGCACAGAUAUUCCAACGCUAACGAUGGCGUAUACCAUCAUUGAAACGAUGCAAAAACAAAACAAAGUGCUAGGUGGUAGGCCAUCACAGCUAAUCAAAACCAGUUUAGAUAAGACGGAAAAAGCUUUGCCAACCAGACCACCGGUUCAAGAGGCACCCAAGGUGGUAAGCAAGCAGAAACAACCGGAUAAGCCCAAAACAUUGCCGGAGCCGCACCCAGAACCUGACUACGACCCAUUUGCCGAUAUACCUAACUGGCACGUGCCCGAGAAGCAUCGCACGCCAGCUACCAGUCCAACAGAAGAUCUACAAAUGACCGUUGAGGAGUGUGAGCCAACCGACCCGUUGCAGCAGUUGUUUAGUAGUGCUGUGGUAAAUCAGGAGCAGAGCGAUGAGGAUGAUCCCUUUCGGGAUGUAAGUCCUCCCCUAAUAGAUCCGCAAUUGACGGCCAACUGCGAGCAGAGGCCGCCGGUUGAUAGUACGGAUCAGUUUUUCACCCGCAUCAACAAGGAAUUGAACAAACAACAUGACGUGCUGGGAGAUGUUUCAUAUGCUCAACUGCUCGAUCUGCUGUACGAGCUAAAGUGUAUGAUACGCACUAACCAAGAUGAGUUGCGGAGGAAAAUUAACGAGGGAUUUUCGCGGUUACAACAAACUGUGCUGUCGGUAUUAGCCAAGGAUAAUACGGACGAUAGUGCAGCAUUCGAAGAGAAGGCUGUAGCUUGCAAGGAAGAGUUGGAUGAAUUGGAAAGCCGACUACAGGAUGAAGCGUAUCGUGAACAGGUGCACCGUUGGAUGGAUCGUAUCAUCGAGUCUGAAGCGAAACCCGAAUUGCGCAUGACAAACAUUCUCCAUAAACUGGUGGACAGCAAGCUUUUAGCGCAGCUCGAGUGGAACCCCGAACCAACACACCCCGAGAAGAUUCGUCUGGAGACGUACAGGCAUUUUUGCAAGCUCUUUGAAUAUGCCGGCACGACUACGGAACACGUAGCGAACGAUUGGUUCGUAGAGUGUUUCUUCAGAAAUAAACUAAAGAACAACGCCCACACCAGGGUAAACAUAAGUGAAAAGCGGAAAGGCGUAACAGAAAGUAAACCGGUAAAAAUAGCCCGAACCGAAACAGAGCUGAACACGUGUGAGGAAACGGUUAACCUAUUGGAAACGGAUACCGUUUCUACGGCAAACCAAGAUGACGAAGUAUACGAGAUAAUCGAGCUGGAUGGUGAUGAAGAUAAUGCGCCGACGACAGCAACGACUGCCACUCCCACCGAGACCACAGAGUACGUGGAGGUUUAUCAUAUAACAAGCUUUGACGGUAUGAAUGAUUUCGAGGUACGCUUGAAAGAUCCCGACUAUCUCAGCGUUGUUCACGGAUGGAUAGACAAUGCUGUUAAGCAGACGAUCGUCCCAGCCGAACGUAUGGGAAUCAUAUUAGACCAACUAGUUGAUAGCAAGUUCUUGCAGAAUUUCGAUUGGACUGGCACCCGCAAUGGAAAGGUGGCGUUAAUUGGUUACAAAAACUUCGUUCGGCUCUUUGAAUAUGCCGGUACCAUUACGCCACAAAAUCGAGCGUGUCAUUGGGAUGUAGCAAAGUUUUUUCAACAGAAAUUUAAAGCCAUGAAGUAGAUCAUCGAAUUAGACAUUGUCCCUAAGACCCCUUAGUAAGUAGUACUAUGCAAAAGAUUGACCGUACGCUUUUAAUGUAAAUAUGGUUUAAGAUCCUUACAUUGUUCUCUUUUUAGCUACUACAUCUACUGCAUUCUCAUUAUAGACAGUAGCACACUUUUAUGUUUUUUAGUGCCAAGUGGUUUGAACUAAUGUCUUAUUUGUAACCUGUAACCUAUCUACAUAAUAAAAUAAACUAUAGUUACACAA